AUGGAAGUUCUCACAGCUAUUGCUGGAAAAAUAGCAGAGUUAACUGUGAUGCCCAUUGGAAGGCAAGUGGAAUAUUUAUUAUUUUGCAAAGAAAAUUUUAAGGAGCUGGAGGAUAAAAUUGAGGAGUUGAAGAAAAGAAAAGUUCGCAUCGACCAUGAUGUUGAAGCAGAAAGAAGCAAUGGAAAAGAGAUUGAAGAUGAAGUAUCAAGUUGGCAGAAAAGAGUUAAUGAGACCUUGGAAAAAGUGGAGAAACUAUGUGAAGACCAACCUCGUGCUAGCAUACGAUGUUGGAAAUGGUCUUUUCCUAAUUUGAUCUCACGGUAUCAACUUGGUAGAAAAGCAAAGAAAAUGGCAUUCACCAUUGCUGAACUGAAAGAAAAGGCGAAGUUUGAUGGUAGAGUUGGGUAUGUUCCUGCUUCUAGCAGGUCAAACUUACUUUUUGCUACUCCAAGCAGUGAAAAGCUUGACUCAAGAAACUCAGUGAAGAAAGAGGUUAUUUUGGCUCUGACUGACCCUACCAUAAGCAUAGUUGGAAUUUAUGGGUGGGGUGGAGUAGGGAAGACCACUCUGGCUAAAGAGGUUGCCAAACAUGUUAAGGAUGACAAGCUAUUUGAUGUGGUGGCUAUAGUAACUAUAUCCCAAACUUUGGAUGUUGAAAGAGUUCAAAAUGAGAUUGCAUAUCAAUUAGGCUUCCACUUGGAUGAGAAGACCUCAAUUGGAAGAGCUGACGGUCUCUAUGCAAGGAUAAAGAAGGAGAAAAAUAUCCUUAUCAUACUAGAUGACUUAUGGGAGGAAAUUGAUUUGGACAAGCUGGGAAUUCCUUCUGAGCAAGAUCUUAAGGGUGGAAAAUUUUCAUUGACUUCUAAACGUUUAGAUAUGCCACAGAAGAAUGAAAGUUAUCAGGGUUUCAAAUUAUUGUUCACUUCUAGAAGUUUAGAUAUUUUACAGAAGAAUGAGACUCAAAAGAACUUUGUUGUUGAGGCAUUGAAUAAUGCAGAAUCAAGGAGUUUGUUUGAAGAUAUAGUUGGUGAUGCUAUUAAAGAUGCAAAUUUGCAAAAGAUAGCCACCCAAGUGGUUGAAAGAUGUGCAGGUCUGCCUGUUAUGAUAGUCUCAAUUGCAAAGUCAUUAAAACAUAAUAAGAAUAUUCAUUAUUGGAACGCUGCCUUGAACAACUUAAAGAGAGUUGAUAAUGGGGACAUGUAUGGGACUGUUUUUUCAGCCUUUGAAUUUACUUACAAUCGAUUGGAAGAUGAUGAAAUGAAGAAAGUAUUCUUGCUUUGUGGUGUACAUGGACCAUCCAUGGUCGUCAGUGACUUGUUGAAAUAUGUGGUUUGGGUAUUUUGA